AUGACUUCAUUAAGCAGGCCCGGACAGAAAUGCGGAACCGGGCCCAGGCCUGAGCGUGGAAGCCCCGAUCCUGUUCAGUCACCGGAUUCUACUACACUCCUCCGGGGUCCCCUCUCGAGGGGUCUCCGCCCUCAAGCCCUCAUUUGUCCUUGGACUCCCCCCUUCCCGCCCCCACCAAAUGCCAGGAGAGCUCUUGUCUUCUUGCGCUACGGUCCCUACCGCCCACUGAACCUGACUGUGGAACACCGCACCUUCCGCCUGCGGGGCCUGCUAACUGUAUUACAAAGAGCCGGAUAUCCUGUCAUUCUGCAGCAGAUAGAUGAUUGGAAUGCCCUAGAGCUCAUGGUGAACGGUGAAAUUGUUUUUCAGUGCAAAAUUAGCGACUUGGACUUUGGAGGUGAUGGCAAAUUAGAUCCACUGUGUGAAAAGGCCAAGCUAGCAGUGCUAUAUGCCUACUAAUGAAACUGCCAUAUUUCCCCAUCCAUGAGCAUCCCUCUUGGCUUGGAGUGAUUCCUAACCCCUCGAAUGGCAGAAAACAGAUAGUUUGAUUGUGGAGAUAAAAACAACUCACUUGGCACUUGUGAAGCUGCAGGAUGUGGUUUAGUCUCUGGACGAUCCUAGGUUGUGCAAAAGAACUGAAGAACUUGGUGCAAAGUGUUUCUAACCGGCUACUGGGAAACCCAGUACAUCCAUCUCACACCACAAAUAAUAAUAAUAAUGAUGAUAAAAGCAUUGUGCCUCUUGCAGAAUCUCUCAACCCUGACCUGUAGGGAGAAUGGCUACAAUUGUGGACUACAAAGUCUAUCAACUGUAGCAUUGAGCUGAAGGAAAAUAAUUAAAUACUGUCUAAUAACAGCAACCCCAUCUCCCAAUGAUAAUGUUUAGUUGCCAGCAGCUGUGAAGAAUCCAGUCCAUAGUAAGGAAGAAACUGGACAAGUAUAAAAAUGAAAGAUUUUUGAAGCUAGAAUUUAGUUCUUUGAAAGUCUAAACAUAAAACUCAGAAUUCUGAGAUACUCCUUUUGCCCCUACAGAUUUAAUUUAGGGUCAGAUGGUGAAGGACCUUUUAAUACCAGGCUAUGUAGUUUGGAAUUUAUUUGGUAGGUAAUAAGGAGGUUUUAAGCAAAAAAAAAAAACAUGAUCAAAGCAGUUCCAUAGGAAGAUUUGGUGGGAUACAAAAUGUACCCCAGAUUUGGUGGUAGUAGUGUACAGAGUACAUUGCAGAUAAGAGAAAUUAGAGACAGGACCAUGUAAAAGGCUAUUAUAAUUGUCUAAGCAUGAGGUAAUAGGGGGAGAACUAGGGCAGUUGUAGUGGAUAUAGAAGGAAAGGGUACAUAUGAGAGAAAUUAUGAAGGAAGAAUUUAUAAGGCUUGGUAUCUAAUAAAAUAUGAAGGCCAACAUGUUAGGAAAUUCAGGGAAAUGUUUUUAUGACUGGGAUUUGGGGACUCUCUAGGGUUGAUCAGUCCCCACAGAUUAAAAGGUAAGGUCUGAAGAUGGUGGGCAUAUAAGAGUCAGCAUAAGUUUAUCACUCCCUAGGUUUGAGUCAUGGAGGCCAGUCUGCUCCAGAAAGACAUUAGCCAGAGGAACUGUCUUCUUCCUAUAAUACGUUUAACAUGUGUUCAUAUUGCAAAAUAACCAACUCCCUGCUCUCAUUGGCCGUCUCACAGUACAGAAUUCCUGCAUUAAUCUGGGCCACUUUUGCUUUGGAACCUCAGCCAUUAUCUUUGUACUCCAAGUCUUUACUUCUCCUAGACACCAACUUUGCCUUUGGAAGAGUGUGACUAGGGUUACAAGUUUUUGAAGGGCUGACAUGUGUAAGGAAGGGUCAGAUUUGUUCUGCUUGGCCCCAGAGGAGAGAUGGGUACAGGCUGCCAAGAGGCAGAUUUAGGCUUCGUGUUAGGGAAAGCUUCCUAACAAUUAGACCUCUCCAAAAGCAGAAUGUGUGGCCUCAAGAAAUCAAAGAUUCGUAUCACCAAGGGGAGGGGAGCUGCUCUUUAGAAUGCUUUGGACUAGAGGACCUCUGAUGUCUUUCCCUUCCAACUCUGAGAUCCUGGAAUAAUUGAAUUAGUAAUGUAAAAUUAUCUAAAAUUAAUCUGUCAGCUAAAACAAGAAAAUUACACGCUUUAGGUCAUUACUACAAGCAAGCAGGUGUCUUAGAAGGGGAAAACUGAAAAGAUCCAUAAGAGGAAGAAUUGGAAACAUAACAAAUCUUAUUCUUUCUUUAGGGAAAAUAACAACUAAAAUGUGGCAACAAAUGUGGAAUGAACAAAGAUUUGAUAUAUAGUUAGUGUAGAAAAUAAUCAUACCAAGAAUGUUUUGUUUGUUACCAUUUUGGAAUCAUGCACUAAUUCUGAAAUUAAUGUCCAUAGGCAUUUAGUCAAGUGAGCUGUUUUACCCAUGGACUUCAAAUUACUUUAGGAAUAUUUAGAAACACAUAAUUCUUUUUCUAGUGGGGGAAACUGAGGCUCAGAAAAAUGCAGUAUUCUUUAGUUCUCAUUUCCAGUUUUGUAUAAUGUGCAAAUUUGAUAAGCAUACCACCUGGCUUCAUCCAAGGCCUUAAUAAAAAUAUUUAUUUGAACAGGGCCAAAGACAGAGUCCUAAAGCAUCCUACUAGAAAUCUUCCUUGGGACUUGUAUCAAUAUUCAGUUGAUUCUUUCAUUCAACCAGUUCUAAAUCUACCUCAUUAAAUGAUUGCUUGUCACUUCUUUAAUACUGUUUGAUAUCCUGAUGGGUUUUAUUAAAUGCUUCAUUAAAAUUCAGGUAUACUUUUGUGACACUUUUCUUCUAAUGAUUAUGUGAGGCCUUUUCUGAUUUUCCCAUUUUUUAAUGCCUUCCCCUCAAUAUUACUUUGUAUAUCGUGUAUGGUUUCUUUUUACUCUCAUUGUACAUGUUGUUUACUUACCACCUCCCUGAAUAGAAUAUAGGCUCCUUGAGGGCAGGA